UUUUUUCCAAAAAAAAGAAACAUUUACAAAACAGAAUUUUGUCCCACAAUUUGUCGAAUUUCAUCGCUAAUAAAAUGUAAUCGGUUAUACAGCGCCGGAAACUGUAUCACACUUGGCCAUUGCCCGCAUCUUUCCCGUUCCCGGCCGUGGUGCACAUUAAUUCUGUUUCCCGCAUAUAUACCUGAGAUUGCCAAAUUGUGCCGGACCAGCCAGGACCAUGGAGCUGGAACGCGAAAAGGAGCAGGAGCAGCAGAUUGAGCUAGAGCAGAAGCAGGAGAUGGAUGUGGCGCAGUCUUAUAUAACCCGGGCCAAGAUGAACCCGGCCAAGAAGGACAACGAGAAACGGCGACGCAAGGAUGCCAUGCGAAGGGUCUCGAUGAUUUUGAAAAAGUGUGACUCGCUCCGCUCAGCGGAUGACCGACAGUUUCUCGAUAAACAUCCGGAUAUGGUUAAGGCGACCAAGAAGCGUAAGGAGCGCGUGGAGAUCUACAAGGAGAGGGUAGUGGAGCGCGAGGAUGCGCCGCACGUGAUCGAGGCAAAGGUGGAGCAGCUGGCCAACAUCAUAUCGCAGGCAAAGCACUUAGUUUGCUAUACUGGCGCAGGUAUCAGCACAGCGGCAUUGAUUCCGGACUAUCGUGGCAGUCAGGGCAUUUGGACGCUGCUGCAGAAGGGUCAGGAUAUUGGAGAGCAUGAUCUAUCCAGCGCAAAUCCCACCUACACGCAUAUGGCCCUGUACGAGCUGCACCGCCGUCGACUCCUUCAUCAUGUGGUAUCACAGAACUGCGAUGGCCUGCACCUGAGAUCCGGAUUACCGAGGCAUUCGCUGUCCGAGAUCCAUGGCAACAUGUAUGUGGAAGUGUGCAAGAACUGCCGUCCAAACGCCGUCUACUGGCGUCAGUUUGACACCACAGAGAUGACCGCCCGCUACUGCCACAAGACCCACCGGCUGUGUCAUCGAUGCUCGGAGCCCCUGUACGACACCAUCGUUCACUUUGGGGAGCGAGGCAACCUCAAGUGGCCGCUGAACUGGGCGGGAGCCACGGCGAGUGCAGAGCGAGCGGAUGUGAUUCUCUGCCUUGGAUCCAGCCUUAAAGUACUCAAGAAAUACACAUGGCUGUGGCAGAUGGAUCGUCCGGCGCGCCAGCGGGCCAAGAUCUGCGUGGUUAACCUGCAGUGGACGCCCAAGGACGCAAUAGCCAGCAUCAAGAUCAAUGGCAAGUGCGAUCGGGUGAUGGCGCAACUGAUGCACCUCCUCCACAUUCCAGUGCCCGUUUACACCAAGGAAAAAGACCCGAUCUUCGCACAUGCUUCGCUCCUGAUGCCCGAGGAGCUUCACACACUCACGCAACCGCUGCUAAAGAACGCCGACGAAGAAGAGGCCUUUACAACAACCACCGAGGAGACGCAGGAUUCGACUAUCUCCAGCGAAAGUUGCAGCUACAAUUAUAGCGAUCUGCCCAUCGGAAAGGGACCGCGCAUCCGUACGCCCAUUAAGAACGGACGACGGGUGAAGACCAAUCUGGAACUUCGUCAGAAAUAUAAGUUACCCAAUGGUCAGGAUGAGGAAAUCAAGGUGGAGCAACUGGACACCAAUGGUGGGGUGAAGAAAGAGGAGAAGAACGGCACCAUUCUACAACUGGAGACGACGGAGACAUCUGUUAAAAUAGAGACUGAUGAGGUUAAACUAGAAGUAAUCGACAGCCAGGUGACCUUCGUAAAACAAGAGCUGCAUCUGCUUGAGCUCUUGCCCAAGCUGGAACCAUUGUCCCUCAAAGAGGAAGCAGAGGAAUCAGUAGAGACGCAGGUAGUGGUGGCCAAUGGUCAACUGGAGCUGCCCAAGCUAGUUGCCAUUCAGAAAUCUACUGUGGCAAGUAGUACCGAACUCCCGAUUGAGGUGAGACUAGAACCCAUGGAAUUGCCACCGCUGGUGCCUAUUGGAGCACCCCUGAGUACGCCGUUCGUUGAGCCCAAAAUUGUACUGCCACCUGCCUUUCAGGCGCUUAACAUACAAGCCCAGAGCGACUCCAGCACAGAACACGACGAAGAAGAGGAGGAAGAGGAGCAGGAGGAUCAGGAAGAUGAAAAUAUCCUCGCGCAAGUGGAUUUACUGAGGCAGAACACUGAUGAAGAACUCCUCCGCCAGCUUCCAAGCUGGUACGACGCGAAGUACGCGUAUUCUGGCCUGCACAGCAUUCUGAUACCGCCGCCAGCGGAUCUCAAUAUCUGGAACUUGCAGGUGGUGCCCAACUUUGCCAUGAACCGCUCCGCCGCCAGCUGUGACUUCUGCUUCGAUCGCUAUGCCGAGCUGGAGUGCCAAUUCUAUCGCCGCUGGAACCUCAAUCAGCGCAAGCACAAGAAACGCGCCAGAAGCGGCCGGUUCGUGGUCUGCGAGUGCUGCCCCACAUCUGAUGAUGACGAUGAAUACGACGAGAAUAUAUCCUUGGCGCACAUUGCGGCCGCGGAGACGGCCAAGCGAAGGCAACAGCUGAGCACUAGUUUUCCCCGAAAGCUGGCACGCACCCAGGCCGGGUGGUACGGCAAGGGCUAUAAGAAGGGACGCAAGCGACGUUAGAUGAUAUGGAAAUCUUCCUCCCAAUAAACAAGGAUGGGUUGAUUUCGAUAGCUGAAAACCAAUUAAUCUAUUGGGGAACAAGACGGUUUUUUUAACUAAAGGUUUUGCGUUAAAACCUAGUUUCUCUUAUGGUAGCUGUACGAUAUCGACCCAACCUUAUCCGAGAUAUGCAUACGCCCGCUUCAAUAGUAUUUUAGCUGUGUAGGAUCAUAAGUCAUAGUAUAGGCUAGGGUUCCGUUUUCAUAAUUUAUACAUUUAUGUAUUUUAAGGCGUCAGCAUCCCGUGUGUCCUUGUUAUUUGAAGGAAUGAUCCUGUAAAAUAUUAAUGUAAUGUCGCUCAGUUUUUGUCCUUAUAAGUUAACUAUUUAAGUCAUCAAGUUUAAGUAGUGUUUUAAUUUGUGUACUUUGCCCGUCACUAUUGUGAAACAGAGAUAUUGUUUCACCGAGUAUCAAUUUGAGUAUCAAUUAAUUGAGUAGUUUUUAUGAGUUUACAUGCAUAUGUGUUUUACUUUGAGUCAAUUUUAUUCGGUUUAACUUAACGCACGUGCACGUGUUCCAACUCCAACUUCCGCCCUUUAUUUUUGUAAGUUGAAUAAACAAGGCAAGCAUUUUGCUGUAAUGAUA